AUGACCGACCCACCGGCCACAGUGGUCAAGGUCCAUUGGCCAUCGGCGCGAAUUGCUGAAACCGUCUCUCUGGUCCCUGGUCAUUCACAUUAUCGUUGCGUGAUGUGCCGAGAGGUAACCGCGCCGCAUGGGUGUGUUCGUUCAUCUUUAUUUCUUGUGCGUGCAAAAAUUCAACAAUUGCAGAAAUUGAAACUUUUGCCUCUUGCCGUUGUUGCCACACACAGAAACAUUGAAAGAAAACUUUCAGACAUGAAAAUGAAAAUCGUAAAAAUGAAAUAA